UAAAAAGAAGAAAGAAAAUUUAUCAAAAACUAAACUAAUGCAUCAAGAAGGUUGAAUAUCAUCUCUAAUAUUCCAUAACCAUAGUUCUUUACUUCAACCAAGAAGAGAGGAAGGAUUCCCCUAAGGGGGUACCAUUAUGAUUUGCCCACUUUCUUGAGAACAUGGAGGAGGUCCCUGAGGAGUCCAGCAAUGGAAUGGCCUUACCUCCCCAAGAGGAUUCCAGUUCAUCGCAGCAAUCACAGUUCAAGUCCAGUAAGAGAUCAAGGCCCUCAGUUCCAGUUGGGUCCCCACAGAAAAGAAAGAAAAGAAAAAGUUCAUGGAGACGGCCAUCUGCAAGAGUUGGCUACCACAUUCAUGAAGCCGAGGACAUGUUGCUGAUUGUACCCAAUCUGGAAGAGCCAGCACCACGAGCCCACAGGAAAAAGUCCUGCCAUCUCAAGAAGUUAGCUCGGCCUACUAUCAAUGUCCACCAGCAUCGUCGGGCACGUCGGGGACGUCGAGUACGGACUCCACACAAUGUAGAUCUCAGCCUAGAGCAGGAGAAACAGUCUCCUCCUGAAGACAGCACUAUUUCAGGGCCAGGUUGGGGAAACCACAUUCCUCUGGAGAUCUUGGUUAGAAUCUUCCAAAUGGUAGUGGCAUCUGAGGGGGCAGUGCCCUUCCUUUGCAGAGCUGCCCGUGUGUGUCGCCUCUGGUACGAUGCUACCUCCCACUCUGUGCUGUGGCAGAAUGUGUCUCUGGCCCCACCUUGGCCUUCUCACUCAAAGGGUCCUAUGUCAAAGGUGGAGAAGAGAAUUCUUAGUUCUCUGGAGUGGCUGGUGCCCAACAGAUUUUCAUUACUCCGGGAGCUCUCUCUAUCCCACUGGAAAAAACAUGUACCUCUGAUGCUAAAGGCUGUUGGUGCAUCUUGCCCCCACCUCACAUCUCUCAAGCUUUCCCACUGUCAGUCUGUGACAGCAGAGGCCUUGGUUAGCCUGCUCAGGACCUGCCCCAAACUAGAUAGCCUCAACCUGCAGAACUCCCAGGUGGAGCCAACAGCAGUCGUUGGCUUUCUGGAGGCAGCAAACACACAACUCCGACAGCUGUGGCUAACUUAUAGUAGCCAAAUGACUGCCAUUAUCUCCUUACUGUCGAAUGGCUGCUGUCCCCAACUCCAGCUCCUUGAAGUGGACACAGGUAUAAAGCCCAAUAGUCAACACUUUCAGCUGCAUAUUGAAGCUCUACAGGCUGGUUGUCCCAAGCUCCAGGUCCUGCGGUUACUGAACUUAGUUUGGUCCCCAAAGAUGGGAGGGCGUGGGGUAGCCCUGGGCAUUGGUUUCCCAGACCUGGAAGAGCUCUGCCUGGCCACAUCCACAAUCACCUAUGUGAGUGAUGAAGUCCUCUACCGCCUGCUACAUGGGUCUACUCACCUGCGGGUGCUGGACCUCCGAGGCUGUGCCCGCCUCACUCCUGCAGGCCUGGGCCGCUUGCCUUGCCCUAAUGUAGAACAGCUACACCUGGGUCUGUAUGGCUCAGUAAUUUGGGUGGCUCUGCCCAAGGACGGUAGCUCCUUGAUCACAUGGAAGUGGCGUCGGACUCUCCAAGAGCUAGACCUGAAUGGCCAGUGCUACCAUGAAGAGGAUCUGAAGCAGGCCCUGGCAGCUUUUUCAAGCAUAGACAGUGGGCACAGCCCCAUCCUUCGCUCUCUUAGCCUCAAAGGCACCCAAGUUACCGUGGCAACUAUCAGCUCUGUGAUCAGCAGCUGCCCAGCACUCAGCUACCUCAACCUGUCCUCAUGUCGAUACCUUCCUCGGGGCCUGAAGAGAGCCUACCGAGGCCAGGCAGAGAUCCAAUGGUGCUUGGACCAGCUGCUUACCACCUUCUAGGACCCAAUUAAAGCCUCUCAUAAGCCUCACUGUCCCUGCAUCCCUUCUUGAAGAAGGUGGUUCCUGUCUCUUCCCUUUUUCCCAUUUUAAAAAAUAUUAAAG